UGACCCUCUAUAAAAUGUGGAUAUUCCUCAUCAUAUGCCAUUAACAGUUGUUACAUUCAUAUCACUAUAAAUAAACAAACUUUCGCCAGAGUCCAACAGGUGUGUGGUGGAGUCUUGACAAGUGUUGUUCAUAUUAGAAAGUGAUAGAAACCUUUGGUUGAGUUGAUUGUUUUUGUUAUGAUGAGGGUCUUUGAGAAAAUGGGUAGAACUCUUCAUCUGGGUUUUUUAUUAGCACUCUCUUUGGUUUUGAUUCUGAAUGUGGCUCAUGGAGGCAAAACUAGCACCUUCGUUAGGAAAGUUGAGAAGACUGUGGAUAUGCCAUUUGAUAGUGAUGUUUUUGCUGUCCCUCCUGGUUAUAAUGCUCCCCAACAGGUUCAUAUAACACAAGGUGACCUUGAGGGGAAAGCCUUGAUCGUGUCAUGGGUGACUGUAGAUGAACCCGGGUCGAGUGAAGUGCAUUACUGGAGUGAACACAGCAAGGAAAAGAAGAAAGCUGAUGGAAAAGUUGUUACUUAUAGAUUCUUCAAUUACACAUCUGGUUUUAUUCAUCACACCACCAUCAGACAAUUGAAGCAUAACACCAAAUAUCACUAUGAGAUUGGAAUCGGGAACACAACGCGGCAGUUUUGGUUUAUAACUCCUCCUGAAGUUGGUCCUGAUGUGCCAUACACAUUUGGUCUUAUAGGGGAUCUUGGUCAGAGUUAUGAUUCAAAUAAGACCCUUACUCACUAUGAAACGAACCCAAAAAACGGACAAACUGUGCUGUUUGUAGGAGACCUCUCUUACGCGGAUAACUACCCAAAUCAUGAUAAUAAUAGGUGGGAUUCUUGGGGAAGGUUUGUAGAAAGGAGCGUUGCUUAUCAACCAUGGAUAUGGACUGCAGGGAACCAUGAACUUGAUUUUGCUCCAGAAAUUGGUGAAACCAAACCUUUCAAGCCUUAUACCCGCCGUUACCCUGUUCCUUAUAAAGCAUCAGGGAGUACUCAACCCUUCUGGUAUUCUAUCAAGAGAGCUUCAGCAUACAUCAUUGUCUUGUCUUCAUAUUCAGCAUAUGGAAAAUACACACCCCAAUACAAAUGGCUUGAACAGGAGCUACCGAAAGUUAACAGGACAGAGACUCCUUGGUUGAUUGUUCUCGUGCAUUCACCUUGGUAUAACAGCUACAAUUAUCAUUUUCUGGAAGGGGAAACAAUGAGGGUAAUGUUUGAGCCCUGGUUUGUGAAGUACAAGGUUGAUGUUGUGUUUGCUGGUCAUGUUCAUGCCUAUGAACGUUCUGAGCGUGUCUCGAAUAUUGCAUAUAAUGUUGUAAAUGGUAUUUGCACUCCUGUGAAAGAUCAAUCGGCUCCUGUAUAUAUAACCAUUGGGGAUGGAGGAAACCUUGAAGGCUUAGCAACCAACAUGACAUAUCCCCAGCCAGAGUACUCUGCAUUCCGAGAAGCCAGCUUUGGACAUGCCACUUUCGACAUAAAGAACCGAACUCAUGCUCACUAUGGCUGGCAUAGGAAUCAAGAUGGAGAUGCUGUACAGGCUGAUUCCCUUUGGUUUUUCAACAGAUUCUGGCACCCAGUUGAUGAUUCCACAACUCCCGUUUCCCAUUAACACAUAGAUUUACUUUGUUGAUGAUUCCACAACUCAAUAAGUUCAUGAUUUGGUUAUUGAAUGCAUGUGAUUACCACCAACGUUGAUCAUCAGUACUUGUUAUUCUACUUUGUAGUUCUAUUUUCAAACACAUCCUCUUGUCUUUUUUUACUGCACUGCAUAAACACAAGUGAAACAGCUUCACUAGUUUUUCUUUUCCA